AUGAGGACCCGUCCGGUGCUGACGGUGCUGCUCGUCCUGGCGCUGCCGCUCGCCCUGUCCCGCCGCCCCCCGGGCCCCGCACAGGGGAUGCCCGACCCGCAGCCGGUGCCCCGGAGAGCGCUCGGCAGCCCCGGGCCCGUCUAUGCCGCCCUCCUGCAGGUGCUGCGGGAGGAGGACGCCGGUCCCCCCGCGGCCGCCGCUCUGCAGAAGCGGGACAUGCACGACUUCUUCGUGGGGCUCAUGGGGAAGCGGGCGGCGGAGCCGGCGGGGGGGGACAGCGGCGGACGGGGCUCCCCGGUGUGA